CCAUUACUUUUUAAUUCACUAAAAUUACAUGACAAGACUUUACGUCAUGUGAUUGUAAAAAGAUCCUUUCUUGUAUUCCAGUAUCAUACUUCCUCCGCAUUGGUCAAAUCGAUCAACUUCAUCCAUGGUCUAAUAACGGCAAGCACGGUGCUGAUGUUUCCACGGCCUCUUCUCCAACUUCUCAUUUCCCUCUCAAGGAGCUUCCUUUAAUUAUUCUGUUAGCCAUGGCCUUGAUUGUUUUUCUCUUGGGUAUUUCGUCGAUCAUGUGGAAUACAUUAGAGUCGGUUGAUCAGUCCCCCAAAAUUUAUUCAAUUGAAGUGCUCAAUGAGUUUCCUCACGAUCCCUUCGCUUACACUCAGGGUCUUCUUUACGCAGGAAACGAUACAUUAUUUGAGUCAACUGGGCUAUAUGGCAAGUCAUCAGUUCGGAGAGUUGAUCUUCACUCCGGGAAGGUUUUGGCUCUUCAAAAGAUGAAUAGCUCUUUUUUUUGGAGAAGGCCUAACUCUUCUUGGUGAAAGGUUCAUGACUUGGAGACUGGUUCUUGGCAUUUUCAGUUAAACUGAUUGUGAAAUGAUUGAUUGCUUAAAUUACAUUGAAUUUGGUACUUUAACCAGACUGAAUUAAUCAGAAAUCAAAUAUGAGCCCAGAUGGAUGGGAAGAAGUUUUUCAUUGCUUCUUGUGUAUCAAUCCACUGAAGCAAAUAAACUUAACAGAUUUUCUUCUUAUCUUUUCCAUUCUCUCAUCCCAAGUCCCAACCAACCAGAAGCCUGUCUCAUGCCUCCAUUUGGACCGAACAUCACAACCUAGGAGUCAAAAUUAGAGGGGCUAAAGGGUUAUACCAAAGUCCUGAGAAGUUUGCAGAGGUGAUGUGGGAUUGAAUGGGCUUUUUUCUUUGGAAGAACGUUUCUGACAGUGGUAUCCUGAGUCGUAGGUUUUUGCAUAUGUUGGUACCUGGUUUGCCAACAAAUGCAUAUUUGUUUUGGGAGAAUCACAUGGUGUUUGUGAGUAACUAGUAGCAGUCAAAUUGACAGAAGGAAAAAUAGAAAUAUGAAAAUAUAGCUGAUAAUUGAAAGCAGAUAAUUUUCUUGUUAAUUUUGUUUUCUUUUGAAUAAUCACACAAUCAUGUUUCCCUUUCCCCUGAAAAUUACAGUGAUAUUUCUGAAGUCCAAAGAACCUCCUCAGAAUAUGGAAUUAAUUCAUUGAAAUUUUAUUUUGAAAUAGAUUUUUGUGCUUGUUCUAGUACUCAGUGUUUGAUUUGCUACCAAAAUAAUUGCAAUUAGUUGCAACUGGUGUUAGGUUUAGUAUGAUUGCUUUAGUUGA